AUGAGACUCUCUUGCUCUGCUAUCCUCUUGCUGAGCUGCCAUGGCCUUCAAGAGACGGCUGGUUUUCAGCUUGGGCGUCCCUAUUAUCGCCAUUACCACCAAAAGGUCCAUCGCCGCCUCUUGGCCAGUGUGAUGGAAGAUACACUGAUUGAAGAAGAACAAAUGACACGAUACAUUGCCGAAAUCAAUCGCUUUCAAGAUCUGGCAGUAUCCACCUACGAGCAGCAGCACAAAGAAUUGAACAAUAUUGCCGCCGCGCUUGAAUCCAUACGGACCGGAGAGCCCAUUACCGAUUGGGAAGAAACUGUCAUUCCCGUAGCGACACCCACACGUCAAGAAAACGGGUGGACCCAACCUCGAGCCGAAACAAGGGCUCCAGCGUGGCCACCAGUUGCACAACAACCAGUCUAUGAACCACCACCACCGCCACCACCAGUCACUGCCAUUCCACCGCCACCACCACCACCGACAAUUUCGGCAGUUCCACCUCCUCCACCGCCACCACCCGUCUCUGCUGUUCCACCGCCAGUUCCACCUCCUCCUUUGCAAGUUGAUUCCACAACAAUACCCACAGCAAUGGCAGACUUGACAGGAGUUACCUUUCAAUUGGAAGAAUUGGAGGACCGAGAAUCCUGCUCCACAGAACUCACACUGGAAACCGACAACACGGUAACAUUGGGCGACACUGAUGGACCUCUGUUUAGCCAGGCCACUGGGACCUGGUCCGUGUAUCAUUCCAAAGAAGAAGAAGAACAAGAAGAACUUCUCUUUGACAUGUCCAUUACACGAACGUUUGAUGCCGGUCAGAAAUCUACCGAUAUGGGUGAAUUUACCUUUUCCGUCGAUCGCAUGUAUUUGGGAGAUGUCACCAAAGUGGGAGAUCGAUUGGCCGUGACGGGAACGAUACAUUUGGUGGAUGAACUGUUGGGAGAUGAAAAAAUUGGAUUCUUCAACAUGAUUGACAAUCGAGAAGAGAGCGACGAAGAUAAACAAUUCUUGUACGGACGCCGUGUGCAGACGGGGUAG